GGGUGAUCCGGCGCGCCGCGGCGGAGAGGGGAGGCGGGAGCGGGCGCGAGCGCAGGCGGCCGGUCAUGAUCGCGUCUUGCCUGUGUUACCUGCUGCUGCCGGCCGCGCGCCUCUUCCGCGCCCUCUCAGCAAAGAAAUGACAGCUGUCUCUUGCUGUCAGUUGUUGGCACCUUCUAACUUACAGCCUCAUAAGGAAAGCUGAUAAUGAAGUUUGUGAAGAUUUAUGAGUGGAAUAAAUAAUUUUGGAAAGAGGACCAAGGGGCUUUACUAAGAAAUGUUUUCUUCACAUGUCGAAAAAAUGCCUUCCUGGCGAAGAGCUCAUCCCCCCAGGGAGAGGGCAAGUUUGCUAUGGCCCCUCGGGACCCUGGCCAGGAGGAGUGUGAGGGCCUGCUGCAGCAGUGGCGAGAAGAAGGGUCAAACCAGGUGCUCUCAGCUGUGAGUGAGAGUCCCCUUGUAGAUAAGGGAUUAGCCCAGAGCAGCCUGGCACUCCUGAUGGAUAAUCCUGGAGAACAGGAUGCUGCUUCAGAAGACAAAUGGUCCAGCAGGCAGCUGAGUGAUCUGUGGGCAGCAGAGAACCUGGAGGAGCCUUUACCUGAGGUGAUAGGAGAGGAGCCACUACCAGAGGCCGAGGGCCCAAUGUGGGCAGCUGUGCCGAUGCAGACUGUCCCCCAGUAUGCAGACUGUGCUGUCCUCCCAGUGGGUGCCCUGGCUGCACAGCAAUGGGAAGAGGACCCUGCAGUGUUGGCCUGGAGCAUAGCACCUGAGCCUAUGGCCCAGGAAGAGGCUCCCGUCUGGCCCUUUGAGAGCCUGGGGCAGUUACAGCCUCCUCCAAUGGAAAUUCCAUAUCAUGAAAUCUUGCGGCGGGAAUGGGAGGAUUUCUCUGCUCGGCCAGAUGCUCAGGGCCUGGAGGCAGGGGAUGGCCCUCAGUUCCAGUUCACUCUAAUGUCCUAUAACAUCCUGGCCCAGGACCUGAUGCAGCAGAGCUCGGAGCUCUAUCUGCAUUGCCACCCAGACAUCCUCAAUUGGAACUAUCGCUUUGCGAAUCUCUUGCAGGAAUUCCAGCACUGGGACCCCGAUAUCCUAUGUCUCCAGGAAGUCCAAGAAGAUCAUUACUGGGAGCAGCUGGAGCCUUCCCUGCGAAUGAUGGGCUUCACCUGUUUCUACAAGAGGAGGACCAGAUGUAAGACAGAUGGCUGUGCUGUCUGCUAUAAGCCCACAAGAUUCCAUCUGCGCUGUGCCAGCCCUGUGGAGUACUUCCGACCUGGCUUGGAGCUCCUCAAUCGGGACAAUGUAGGCUUAGUGUUGCUGCUACAGCCACUAGUUCCAGAAGGCCUGGAUCAAGUCUCUGUGCCCCCCUUAUGUGUGGCAAAUACCCACGUCUUGUACAACCCUCGCCGGGGUGAUAUCAAGCUGGCUCAGAUGGCCAUUCUCUUGGCUGAAGUGGACAAGGUGGCCAGAUUGUCAGAUGGCAGCCACUGUCCCAUCAUUUUGUGUGGAGACCUGAAUUCUGUCCCAAAUUCACCUCUCUACAACUUCAUCAGAGACAGAAAGCUCCAGUACCAUGGGAUGCCAGCCUGGAAGGUAUCUGGACAGGAAGAUUUCUCCCAUCAGCUUUACCAGCGGAAGCUGCAGGUCCCACUAUGGCCCAGCUCCCUGGGCAUCACUGAUUGCUGUCAGUAUGUCACCUCCUAUCACCCUAAGAGAUCAGAGAGAUGUAACUAUAGCCGAGACUUCCUGCUACGUUUCCGCUUCUGUGACAUCGCCUGUCAGCGGCCGGUAGGACUGGUUCUUAUGGAAGGAGUAACAGAUACUAAGCCAGAGUGGCCUGCUGGCUGGGCCAAGUCUGCCCUUGGGGAAGACACAUCUGAGCCUGAGCCUGAGCCUGUCUUCCCCAGGACUGAAGGCACCAUCCAGCACUGCUUUCACCUGACCUCAGUGUAUACUCAUUUCCUGUCCCAGCAUGGACACCCAGAGGUCACCACAAUGCCCCUGGGUCUUGGAAUGACAGUAGAUUACAUCUUUUUCUCAGCUGAAUCCUGUGAGAAUGAGAACAGAACUGAUCGCAGGCUUUAUCAAGAUGGGACUCUCAAGCUCCUGGGCCGUCUCUCCCUCCUCUCUGAAGAGAUUCUCUGGGCUGCCAAUGGCUUACCCAACCCCCUCUGCUCUUCAGACCACCUCUGUCUACUGGCCAGCUUUGGGAUGGAAAUCACCCCCCUAUGAUGGGGCUCUCAGGGAAAGAGUGCUUCUCUUGCAGAAGAGUUCACUGGAUCAGAGAUGGUGGAAAUACCCAUACUUCUGGAAACCUACAUCCAAGAAACACGUCUCCCCCUCCCCCAUCCUCGUUCCCUUUUUCCCAUGGUUAGAUGUUCUCCAGGCCUGUCCAUGUUCUCUGCCUGUGGUCCCUGCCCCACCCCAUCCUGUUCCUAAUCCUGCACCACAUACUUGGUGGCCCUGGGAGAGGCAGCAGGGGGUUCUCCCUUCCAUGUAUCCAGCACGCUUGAGUUCUAACUACAGGGUUGUGGGACCUAUUAAUCUCAUUGGUUAUUUGCUUUCAGGCCAUUUCUUGGUGGUACCUUCUGGCCCGACUUCCCUGCUUUUACAAUCUUUGGGUCCAGCCCUCUUGCCAGGCACACAUAUGUGAAAUGUGUGUAGCAUGUAUGUGUCCUUCAGGAGCGGAACUGCUCUGCGUGUACACACAUUCCUUCCUCUGACCAGCUAACUUUACACACUGGGGCUGUUAGCUUAGAGGCAGGUGUGGAGCAUGAUCUGGUAGCUGUGUGCUGCCAGGCACCAGCAGGGGCAUAGGCCCUUCUCUCCUUUCACCUUCCGUAUUUCAUUAAGUGUUCAUCAUGCCAUACUCAUCAUCUGGGCUCUGGGAACAAAUGGGCCCUAAGACUGGAACAACAGAUUCAGGGAUGCACUACCUGCCCAGCAGCCUCCACACCUUUUCCUAAGCUCCCCACAGGCCUGGAAUGCUUUCUCUAGGGUUCUUCCCUUUCCCUAGGCUGCCCUGAGGAGACACAAGUUUGAAUGCAUAAAUAAUACACACAAUCCCUGUUGGGGGGGGGGGGUGGUCAGUGGGCUGGGAUAGUGGUUUGAGGUUUAAAACUCUUGGGAUGAGGAGAAAGAACCUUCAGGAGACUCUCUUCUCACUGGACUCCAUAGCCUGCAGAACUGGGGCAAGGGUGGGAAUCCCAGUAGGGGCAAGAGCAUUCGGGCUGUGCGGCUGCCUCAGCUGGGACUCAGAAGACCUCAGGGACCCGUUCUCUUCCUCUACACACCUAAGAAGCAGUUUUCUGUGCCUCUCCUCCCACCACUUGUUACUUUUGCUGCCUCCCCAGUUCCCUUCUAUUUUCUCCCUAGAAAAGCCUGGUAUUUAGUUUAGGCCAAACCUCAGCAGAAAGGUAGCCUUAGGCAAAAUUCAUCCAAGAACUUGAAGCAGCAGUGCUGGAGGAUUCGCUCUGGCCAGCAGGGCCUCGGCUGCUCACUGGCGUCCCCGCAGGGCACGGGUAUGCUGGCCCAUUCAGGGAGCUUCCUUGCCCACAUGUAUCACCUACAUGCCUUAAUUUUUCAUUGCUGGGGUGCUCCUGGGAUAGUCCCCCUCACAUCUCCCUUAACUCAGAGGAGCGGCUGGCCCUUGGCAGAUUUGCCUUGCUCUGGUCCUACUUGGCCUCCUGAAUGGGACUGAAGGGAAUAACCGAGAGGCUGGGGUUAGGGACCGUUAGCUAGAGGCUAAUGUGCACCCUCUCUCUCUCUCUCUCUUUUUUUUAAAGCCAAAGACCCAGCUUAAAGUCUGUUGCUACAUUCAUGUUUAUACUAUUUUUCCAUGCCUAGGUUCUGGGGAAUUUAUCUAUGCAUGUGUAUUUUUAAACACUGUUUCCUGGGUACUGGGCAUAUGCCUGUCUGAGCCCCAGGCCUGACUGUCCACACCCCACCACUCACUGUCCUACUCCCUGGGUGAGACCUCCUAAGAUGGUCUCAAGAUGGUGCCCUAUUGGUUCUUAGGACUAUGACCCAUCACUGUUCUUCUCUUCUGCCAGGAAAUGCAGUUUAAAAACAGCUAAAGAUGGCAGAGGGCAGGAGCUUGAUAGGAUGAUCUUUUCCUUGUUUUCUUGUUUCUGUUUUGGAAAUGAAUGGGGAUUUUAAAUGAUAAUUUAACUCUCUUUUCCAAAUAAAGGUUCAUCUUUUC